AUGUUCAGCAAGUCUGCCGUCAUCGCAGUCAUGCAUUCGGCUCGAAAGCGACAUAACAAGAACACUCCUGGAGAUCAGGUUGAUCCUGGUCUCACUCAGAGCGACCGGCCGGAUGACGGCGACACCCACACAGCGACAGGAAGUACAUUGCAAACGCGAGUCCGGAAGAUUUUCAAGCGUCUUUUUCGAAGUAGAAAUGUCAAAAGCUCCUCGGAAGGGUUGUUGCUGGAAGAAGACCUCGUUGAAGCGCUCCAAAAUGGCUUUGUCCUGAGACGCAAGGCUCAAGACCAAAAUCGGCAGUUGGAGGUCAAUAUCAAAGCCUUGGACGAAACCAUUGAAAGAACCGCCGAGAGCAAGCUCAAAUCAGAGCAGAGACUUGAGGCAUUGGAGGCCAAUUCUUCCGAAAACGCCCAGCAACAGCUUCCCACGGCUCGGCAGCACUUGGAGUCUGUAAGCACGUUUGCUCGAGGGCUUGAAGUGCACAAAUACAAGCAAGAACGAAAGCUGAUGCGCUCUAAGGAGCGUGAGCAGGGAAUCAAGGCCAAAAUCUCCGCAGCUCUUGAAGAAGCUUUCGAGCAUGGUGGUGCGCUUGCACAGGUCGAUGAAGUCGACCCUACCGUGGAGUUCGAUUUGCAGGAGUUUCUCGAUUCGGCUGCGACGGUACUCGCCAUUCCAGAACUUGCAGACGAGCCGGCUCCAGCUAAUGACCCAGAGUUUCAGCCUGGUCCAGACGCUGGGCCGGAGCCAAAGCCAGAACGGGAAGAGGAAGAGUCUUCGCAGGACAACGAUCUCGAGAGUGUGCGCAACGAUCCCACGGAGGAGGAACUACUCCGGACAUACGCAACCAUGAAGACGUAUGCUCGUCUCGCAGAAGUGGAAUUCGACAUGCGGCAUGAUGUCUUCGAGGAAGAGCGCGAGGAAAACGAUCGAGCCGAAGAAUGCGGAGAGGAUUUUGAAUCGGCUCUGGCGCUGGACUUGCGGCACUUGCAAGUGACACAACGACUCACGCGUGCUGUUGCAUUGGCCGAGGAAGACCUCAUGCGAGCCAAGCAGGCGGUGCUUGCCGCAGACAUCGCUGUUCCCGGCUCUGACUUGGAGUCUGGAUUCAAAGACGAUGUCAACGACGGCUACCGAGUGAGCUUGGAGCAGGAGAUGAUGGAUAAGUCCGUCGACAAGCCGCGACUGCGCAAGUGGCUAGCCGGUAUACCCGACUUCCAAGUAGGGGCCGGAGACAGCGUCCCGGAGAAGCUCUUAGCAGAUGAAGCCGCCUUCCAAGACUGGGACGCAGCAUCAGUCGAGAUCUGGGAGAGCGUGAGCCUCGUUGCAGAAGGUUCUGAUAGGCGGCGGAUCGAUCAGUGGAGAGAGCUGGCUAGCUCGAGGAACGCCGUGUCCGUGUCAGCGCCACCAGCCUUGUACAUUGCAGCAUCGACCGACGAAAAUCACGCUCCAUAG